UGUACCUGGCAGGGAAGGCGGCCACUUCGGGGGCUGGCAGCGUUUAUGGGGGGCUCUACCCCCCCCCCCCCCGCCCCCCCCCAGCCGCCAUAGCCCUGGGACCCAUCGGCAACGGCUAUGGCUACAGCGGUGCCUCGGUGAGUGGUCACAGCUCCCAGGUGCCCCUGCUCCGCGACACAGACAGCAACCUCGGAUCAGGUGCCCCCAGCGACAUCAGCUCCCUGCAUGAAGCCCCUGAUGCCUGGCCCCCCCGGGGGCGCCCCGUGUCCCCACCCCGCAGUCGCUCCCCACCCCGGGGCCGCUGGCACUCAGUCGAGGAUUUGGGGAGCUCCAGGGGGGGCUCACCGCCCCCUUCCCGGCCCCGCUCCCGUUCCCGUGAUGAUCUCCUGGGGGGGGCUGCGCCCCUCCCGCGUCUUCCCCCUGUUGGCCCCCCUGGGCCCCCCCGGCGUCUCCGCAAGAACGAUGCCAUGAGCCGCGAGAGCCUGGUGGUAUGAAGGAAAGGAUGCUGCCCCCC